GGAGAGGAAGCAGCUGGUGAUGCUGGAACAAACAUGGCUGUCCCCGUACCCCUCGGCGGCUCGGGCUCCUUCCGUCUGCGUCUGCUACCGCUGCUGGCGCUGCUGGAGCUGCUGGUGAACCCCGGCUUAAGCCGCGUCCACCACCUGGCGCUCAAAGACGAUGUGAGGCAUAAGGUCCACCUGAACACCUUUGGGUUCUUCAAGGAUGGAUACAUGGUGGUCAACGUCAGCAGCCUCUCUGUGAAUGAGCCCGAGGGAGCUAUGGACAAGGAUGAGGCAAGUAUCGGAUUCAGUCUAGAUCGGACCAAGAAUGAUGGCUUUGCUUCUUAUCUGGAUGAAGAUGUGAACUACUGUAUUUUUAAAAAAAAGCCUGUAUCUUCUGUCACUCUUCUGAUCUUGGACAUCUCCGGAAGUGCAGUCAAGGUCAGACCCCCAUCAGAAGCUGGCACCCAGUUACCAGAGAUUGUCUUCAGCAAGGAUGAGAAAGUCCUGAGUCGGAACCAGGAGCCUGCUGUCAGCUCCACCCCCGAAAACAGCAAGGCGCAGAGGACCCAGGAUGCCUCGAAGGCUAGAAGAAGUGCAGUGGAUUCAGAGGCAACGGCAGAGAAAUCCAUCUCAAUUCAUAAGAAUGGCGGGGCAGUUUCAUUUCAGUUCUUCCUUAACAUCAGCACUGGUGACCAGGAAGGCCUGUACAGCCUGUACUUCCACAACUGCCUAGGCAACAAGCUGAGGCCUCCUAACCAGGUCUCAUUCAGCCUGAACAUUGCUAUCACUGAGAAGAACCCUGACAGCUACCUCUCUGCCGGGGAGAUCCCUCUCCCCAAGCUGUACAUGUCCAUGGCCUUGUUCUUCUUUCUUUCUGGGACCGUCUGGAUUCAUAUCCUUCGGAAACGAAGGAAUGAUGUGUUUAAAAUUCACUGGUUGAUGGCGGCCCUGCCUUUCACCAAGUCUCUUUCCUUGGUGUUCCAUGCAAUCGACUAUCACUACAUCUCCUCGCAGGGCUUUCCGAUCGAAGGCUGGGCUGUUGUAUACUACAUAACUCACCUCCUAAAGGGGGCGCUGCUGUUCAUCACCAUCGCUCUCAUCGGCACUGGCUGGGCCUUCAUCAAGCACAUCUUGUCUGAUAAAGACAAGAAGAUCUUCAUGAUUGUCAUCCCGCUUCAGGUGCUGGCAAAUGUAGCCUACAUCAUCAUAGAGUCCACGGAGGAGGGCACGACAGAGUAUGGCUUAUGGAAAGAUUCUCUGUUUCUGGUUGACUUGCUGUGCUGUGGCGCCAUCCUCUUCCCAGUGGUGUGGUCAAUCAGACAUUUACAAGAAGCCUCAGCCACAGAUGGAAAAGCUGCCAUUAACUUAGCAAAGCUGAAGCUUUUCAGACAUUACUACGUCUUGAUCGUGUGCUACAUCUACUUCACCAGGAUCAUUGCCUUUCUCCUCAAGUUUGCGGUUCCGUUCCAGUGGAAGUGGCUCUACCAGCUGCUGGAUGAAACAGCCACGCUGGUGUUCUUUGUCCUGACGGGGUAUAAAUUUCGCCCAGCUUCAGAUAACCCCUACCUGCAGCUCUCUCAGGAGGAAGAUGACCUGGAGAUGGAGUCUGUAGUGACAACAUCGGGAGUGAUGGAGAGUGUGAAGAAAGUGAAGAAAGUGACCAAUGGUGCUGUGGAACCCCAGGGUGACUGGGAAGGCACUGCGUGACAGCGUGAUCUGAGGACGCACUGUCAACAAAACUAACUUAUUCAUAGCCCUGUCAGUGAGCAAGCGUGUUCCUGACAGAACUGUGGCAUCUCCCAACAGUGGCACCCUGUGCUAAUGGGGUGCCGAGUGCCCUGGACACCUACUUUUGUACUCUUAGGGAAUCUGGAUUGUGGUGGGCUGCAGGCAGCCAGAACUGUCCCUCAGUGAGGGUAGGACGCUUAGUGGAGGAGUAAAGGAGAGCCUAUCUGAUUUACCUUGCUAAUCGGGAGUCUGGAGUCUGUGCAGGGGAGCCCCCAGUGGCUGCCACUCAGAUAGGCUGUGGUGGUGGGGAGGGCGGGUCUGCCAUAGGCCACAGUGCUCUGGAGGCCAAGGGUUUAGGUCACUGCUUGGCCCAGCAUUUAUGGGUUCAAUUCCUAGUACCAGGGUUGGGGGAAAAAGAAGUUACUUU